AUGGUUAAGAGCCGUAUGACUUCCAUCGAUAUCUGUGCGAUGGUGCAUAGUAUUUCGAAAGAUUUAAAGGGUCAGAAACUGAUAAACAUUUAUGAUAUAAAUAGCCGAACAUACUUAUUUAAAUUUGGAGGCGAAGAAAAGAAAUUCUUAUUGGUAGAAUCUGGAAUUAGAUUCCACACUACUCAUUGGAAGCGUGAAAAUGAACACAAAACAUCUGUAUCAAGUAUUUCAUUUUUCAAUAGUAAACUUCGGCGUUAUAUCCGUAAUAAAAAAUUGGAAGAUAUUUCUCAAAUGAGUAUGGAUAGGAUAGUUAAACUUACAUUUGGGUUUGGAGAUAACACUUUUAAUUUGAUUCUUGAAUUUUUUGUUGCUGGUAAUAUAAUUUUGACAGACUGCAACUAUAAAAUCUUAGUCAUACUUAGGGACACAAAUGAUUUAUCGAUUGGAAAGUAUUACAAUUGGAAGGAUUGUGAGGCUGUGUUGUCUCCUUCUCGUUCCUUUUCGUAUCCAAUAAAAUCUUCAGUUUCAAAUACUUUAAAUAACCCUUUACAGUGGCUGAAUAAUUGGAAAAAUUGCAAUUAUAUGAAAGAAGAACUCAAAAAAAUACUUAAUGAACUAGAAAAUCAUGAUUCAAACAAAAAAGAAACAGAACUUAUGUGUUCAAAAAACCGAAGGCAAGCUGAAAAACAUAAUUCUGGGGUUAAAGUUUUAGAUGUUUUUAGUCGAAUUCUGAAGUCGUUCAAUAUUUCAAUACUUGAAAAGUUAUUAGAAUCAGAAGAUGUCUCUGGAUAUGAGUUGUUUACUUACUCUAUGAUUGAUAAAAUUUCAGAGAAGUUUAUUAAAUGUAUAAAUAAGGCUUCAGAUGCAUUGUCAUACAUCUUAAACCAUAAUUAUAAAGGCAUUCUCAUUAUCAGGAUACCUUCUGAGAAAGAAAUACUUCAGGGCGAUACAAUUAUACAAAAUCAAACUUCAAUUACUGAAAAUUAUGAGCAUGAAAUUAAAGAAAAGGUUUAUAUUUCUUAUAGCCCCUAUAUUGAAGAACAUAGUUGGAUAUCUUCAGCACAAACAAUUCCAAAAGAAGGAAUAAUUAUUAGCAGAGUUUCUGACAGUUUUUGCGAGUGUGUGGAUGAGUUCUACAGCUCCAUCGACAUUGUUAAAGAUUCAAAAGUUGCUAAACAGGAACAAAAAACUAUAUAUAGUAAAGUUGAUAAAGUGAAAAUUGACCAAGAAAGGCGACUUGAAGGAUUAUCUUCUGAAAGGGAAGCAUGCAUAACUCGUGCAAGGUUCAUGGAAUCUCAUCAAGAAAUACUGGAAAAAGUACUACAAUUAAUUAGGCAUUUGAUUGCAACUGGUGCUCAAUGGCAAGAUAUUUGGAAUGAAAUUCAACAGCAAAAGAAGAAAAAUCAUCCGCUUGCGAAACAUAUUAAGUCACUGCACCUUAAAGAUGACAAGGUUAAAAUAAUUUUUUCUUCAAAAGAUUUAAGCUCUGAGGAUAUAUCCGGAGUUGAACAAAUAGGAAAAGGUAUUGAAUUUGAUUUGUUAAUCUCAAAAUCUAUCCAGUCUAAUGUUAGAUUUCAAUAUAUGGAAAGCAAGGUUCUUGCAGAAAAACUUGAAAAAACUCAGCAUGCAUACAAAAUUGCACUAAAAAAAGUCACCAAUCUUGCAAAUAAAGAAGCAGAAAAGGCAUCUAAGGGAUUGAUUUCUAAUACAUCGAGAAUUAAAAAGUUAAGGGCAAAAUAUUGGUUUGAGAAAUUUUAUUGGUUCAUAUCAUCAGAUGGAUAUUUAAUUAUUGGUGGGCACGAUGCUAGUCAAAAUGAGCUCCUUUUCAGAAGAUAUUUAGAAAAAAAUGACCGAUAUAUUCAUGCGGAUAUUCAUGGCGCAACUACAUGUAUUGUAAAAAAUCCUAAUAACGUGUUAGAAAUACCUUUAAACACGUUAUGUGAGGCUGGUCAAAUGAGCAUAAGUUAUAGUAAGGCUUGGGUAAAUAAAACUUUAAUUUCCGCAUGGUGGGUUUACCCAGAUCAGGUUAGCAAAACUGCUCCAAGUGGGGAAUAUUUAACUACUGGAAGCUUUGUUAUUCGUGGUAAGAAAAAUUUCUUACCUCCCUUAAAACUUGAAAUGGGGUGCGCAUUGUAUUUUAUUAAAAGUAAGCAAGCUCUUAAACAAAUUGAUGAUAUUGAGAAUGACCAAAUGGUGCAUUUGAGUAUUCAGUCAAGUAUCAACCCUGAAGUCUUCAAAACUGAGGAUAAUGCUCAAGAUAAUUUGGAAGAAAUUUUAGAAUCACAAGUUAAAAGCGAUUCAGGAGAUGAUGCAGAUGAAGAGUCAGAUUUUGAAUCCAAUUCAUUUGAAAAAAUUGCUGAAGAGAAACAUAAUCAUCAAAACUCCGCGCAUGUAAGGUUUUCGGUUGGAGAUGUAAGCGAUAUUAUUCCUCCAAUUAAAAUAGAACACCGCGUACAAUUUGAUGAAUUACCACCUGAAUUAUUACUUUCGAAACCAUUCAAUCCUUUAUCAAUUGAUGAAACAAGUAACCAAACCUCUUCAUUAAAUAGUUUUGAGAAUCUCAGUAAAUUAACAAGCAAAGCUUCUAUUGAUACUAAUUCAUCAAAUACUGAAGAUGAAAAGGCAGACACAAACUUUUUAAAAGUAAAUGUUUCAUGUACGGACGAAAAUAAUUAUUCUAAAGUUGAAAUAAAGUCACCAAAACACUUAAGUACACCCAGAAACUCAAGCAGAAGAUCUUCUGUUGAUGAAGGCCCACCACCAGUGGGAUUUUCAGCUUCUACUCUUCCAACACCUGCAGAAUUGCUUUCUCACAAAGUGGAAUUUCCAGUAGCGUUUUCUUCCUCUUCUUCCGAGGAAAUUUUGGAUAACACAAGCUGCACUAAUAAAAUAAAUAAAGAUAAUUCUGAAACCGACAACAAUAAAAACGCAAAUAGUGGCUCUAAUUUUGAUUGGAUGAAAAGUCUUGACUCAUCACCUUCUCAAAGAAACUUUGAUGGAGAAAAUUCUAUUAAUGAUGUGGAUGCUCACGAUAAGUUUAACAAUAAGUUACGUGAAAACUAUAGAAGAAGAUCAAUUGACGGAGGACCAACGCCGAGAGGGUUUAUUCCAGAUCAUGUCCCUAGUGCGCGUGAACUUCUUCAAAAAAUUAGAUUUGACCCAGUUGAUUUAGAGCUUGAACACCUAUCUCACAUGCGUGAAAGGGGAAGAUUUAUUUCUGAUGCAGUGCCAUAUUUACCAGAGGAAUUACAAAGGUUGAUAAUAGUAUCCAAUCAAAAUUCAAAUAAGAAACACAGGUUUACUAUAGACACAAAUGCUAAUUUACUUUCAAGAGUUGAUUACAAAAAUUUACCAUCUUUAGAUUUAAAUAAGCCGAUCUCCAACCAUCGAGACCUUAAUGAAGAAUCUGGAAGAUUAAAGCAAAAUUCAACGGAAGAAUUCUCUAAAAAUUCCCUGGAAACUGUUUCAACAAAAAAUAAUAACCUUUACACAGAUAAAAAACAGAAAAAUAGCACUCUUCCUCGUGGGAAAAAGUCAAAACUUAAAAAGAUUGCAGAUAAGUAUGGGGAACAAGACGACGAAGAACGAAAAAUUAAGAUGAUGUUGUUUGGAAGUAAAGAAAUGAAAAAGAUAAAUGAUGAUAAUUUGACCCUUCAAAUCAAAAACUGUAAUGAAUCUUCAAAUAAUCAAGAAAAGCCAUUUCACAUUUCCCAACAAGAGAAAAGGAGAAAAGAACAGGAAAAAAUGGAAAAAGUUUAUAAAAAUAGAAUUGUAGACAACACUAGUGAGAAUCGUGAGUUCCAAUAUUUUAAAGAAAGCCUUUUACCAACAAAUGAGGACGAGGACUCGGAAAUAAUUGCAGUAAUUCCAAUAUUUGCACCAUUUAAAUGUGUAAAAGAUUUCAAGUAUUGUGCUAGACUUACUCCUGGAGGAAUAAUAAAAAGGUCAAAAGCAGCUCAUGAUAUUAUUCAUCACUUUUCGAAUAUUAGUUAUAAAGAAAGGGAUCAAAAUCCUAAUUCUUAUGAGCAUAUAAAAGCUUUAAAAAUAGACGACUUAAUAAAGAACCUAAUGACUCCUGUUAAGGUUCAAUUUUCAAAUGAAAAAGAAAAAUUACAGGUAGAUGGUAGGAACGAUAGAAAUUAG